AUCUUUCCUGAACGAAUUUACAGCACAGGAGCCUAUAGUUGUGUAGUCAGCGUCAUUAAGCUGCGGCGCUGGCUUCGCAAAUAUGGCUCCUGUAGUAGGGACGCAUUCUAUACCAAGUAAACGCGUUUCUGGCUUCUGUUGACGUCACGACGUUGAGCUUCACGUACAGCCAGUCCUGCUUGCUGUCGCAUAGGAGGGUCCUGGGAGGGGAGAGCGCUGUGUACAUUAGUGGACGAGGCUCCGUACAGCGCCGGUCCCGGGGAGAUUUUAGUUCACUGAAGUUAGAGUUGACUACACAAGAAGACCUGCCUUCCACAAUGAUGAACUCCGACAUGGAUGCUCUUGAUGUAGAAAAUCAGGUAGAACUGGAAGAGAAGACACGGCUUAUUAACCAGGUUUUGGAACUUCAGCAUACGUUAGAAGAUCUCUCUGCCCGGGUUGAUGCUGUAAAAGAGGAAAACUUGAAGCUCAAGUCAGAAAAUCAAGUCCUGGGCCAGUACAUUGAGAACCUUAUGUCUGCAUCCAGUGUUUUCCAGACAACAGACACUAAAAGCAAGCGAAAGUAAUAGCCAAUUGUACCUGAUUUAUCCUUGUCUCCACUGGUUUUGUUUGUACCUAAGUAGUGAAUAUGGGUCCAGUUAGGAUAGAACGUGCUUUCACUCUAGUAGUAAAACUGUUGUACACAUGGUGACUGCACGGACAAUAAUACUUUAAUACUAUAAAAAAAAAUGGCCUUCUGUAUUAUUAAUACAAGGUGAAAGACUUCAGCACACACAGGAUAAUGUCUUACGAGAACUCAUGUAAUUUGCUCUUAAAGAAUCCAUUUAGUAAUACCCUUGGUAAACUGGUUUAUCUAUAGAAGAAAAUGUUUGAAUAAAAACUGUGGUAUGUUUAAACAUAAAAAAAAUAAAUAAACAAAAAAAUAAAAAUAAAGCAUUUUAUAGGCCCUUUAUGUAUAUGGCUGCAACAAAAAGGCAAACAGUCAAUAGCAUAAUAGGGUUAUACCAUAUAUUGCAUGUAUUAAUUCCAUAUUUCAAAAUAUCCUGAAGAGGGCUGGAAGGAUUGUUCUUGCAUCAUCAUCAAGUGGUUUCUCCACAUGUAACCACUGAUGGUCGGAGGUCGCAUUUGUUGUCCCUUUAAAUGAUACAGAACGUCUUCUAAGUUUGUUACAAAUGAUGCGUAUAGUGAUAACUGGAUGUUCUUACCACUUGCCUUGUGUAAAAUGUGGCAUGUAGUUUUCAAGCUAUAAGAAUACGCAGCACAUGAAAGUUAACACCUUUAUUUAGUUUUAUGUUGCUUUUUGCAGCAUGUUUUAUGUAUUAAUUCUCGUUCUCUGCACACUCCAGUAUAUGGUAAUAAAGGCCUUCUCCGAGUGUCAUCUGUGGAAUGAAGGGUCCACAUGCAGAAAGCACUGUUACUUUUCAGAAGACACUAUACUUGUGGGCAUGUGACAAGAAGCAAUUUGGCUUUUAACCCCUGAAUAGUUGUCUUCUUAAUAGCUGCCAUAAUUAACCAUUUACUACAGUGCCAAUUGUGGAAGAGCUGCACAGAAAUAUCCAUGGAGUUCUGGUUAUGUGAUCCUGUCAUUGUCUCAUAGUAGUCAUUUAGGGCAGUGUUUCCCAACCAGGGUGCCUCCAGCUGGGUCAAAACUACAACCCCCAGCAUGCCCGGACAGCCUCCGGCUGUCCGGGCAUGCGGGGGGUUGUAGUUUUGCCACAGCUGGAGUCACCCUGUUGGGAAACACUGCAUUAGGGAGGGCUGCUGGUCAUAACAUGUUACGUGGCCUAUGCAACACCUUUUUAGGGAAGCUUUCCAUGUGGCUCAUUUUUCUUUUUCAGAUUUGACAGCAACAAGUCCACUGCAAACCCUGCCUGUGACACGUUGCUUUACUGCGGACCGGCUGUGGAUUUCACAACCGGAUAUGGAUUGUCAAUUCCAUAGCAAAUCUGCAUGUAACCGUCAAAUCUGCUGCAGAAAAAUACACCCCACCCUUACAAAUGAUCUAAGCCAAUCCAUUUAUUCUUUAAAGGGGUAUUCCGGGCAAAAACAUUUUAUCCCCUAUCCAAAGGAUAGGGGAUAAGAUGUUUGAUCGCGGGGGGCCCACUGCUGAGACCCCCCGCUAUCUCCCUGCAGCACCUGCAUUCUAUGCGGGGACUGCAUCUCUAGUUUCGGAAACCUCUGGGUUUCCGGGACUGGGGAUGUGACGUCACACCACGCCCCCUCCAUUCAUGUCUAUGGGAGGGGGCGUGAUGGCGGGUGCUGCAGGGAGAUCGCGGGGGGGUCUCAGCAGAAGGCCCCCACGCGAUCAGACAUCUUUAUCUUUGCCCGGAAUACCCUUUUAAAGUGGAACCUCUUGCACUCUCUUAUAGCAUAGUUCUGAUCUAUUGAUACUUACUAGUUCUGAAUCUUUGUCAUGUGAAUAAUAUCUUGUAAAGUCGAAACAGUAUUCUUCCCUAGAUCUGCUCAGCCCCCCUUAUUUAUUUAAUGAUGUGUUGUCUGGCUGAGUAAAUGUUUACUUCUGUAGGUAACAAAUAUGGUGUUUGAGAAGUCAUGUUUAGCAGAAUCUUCUCGGUUAGGAAAGCAGGUACUCAUGUGUUUGCCAGAUCCGUCCUUGCCUCAUUCCUAUGUUCUGGCUUUUAACAUUUAAUGUACUGCAGUGCAUUUUUGGCAGUGUAUGUAUCUGAUGUGUAAAAAAAAAAUACAAAAUUUAUGAAUAGGUGCCUCCUCGAUACCCAGGCAUGCUCCCUGCGGUGCCAACCAGAGCGUACCCACAUAGAGCAUAGUAUUUAUGUAAUGUGUCUCAUUGAAACCUAACACUGUUAUUAGGAAUUCUUUUCGUUUACAUCUUUAGUUAAUCUAAUUUAUUCUGUUAUAAACUUAUGUUUCUGAAAUAAAGUACUUGGUUAUUUUAUGCAA